AUGAAAAAGACUAACUGCUUUGAGUGCGGAGAACAAGGUCACCAUAGGAGAGAUUGUCCCAAGUUGAAAAAUAAAAAGGGAAAUGAAUCAAAAAGUUCUGCGAAUUUCGUUAAUAGGUUUAGCGAUUCUGAUAGCGAUGACAGUGCUGGGGAAAUUUUAUUCACUAGGAAAAAGUUUGACAAAAAGGCAGUUCACAAGACCAAAGGAACGGUGGAUUAUAUUCACUCAGAUUUAUGGGGUCCUAAUAGAAUCCCUUCCAAGAGUGGUGCCAAGUACUUCAUGACUUUGAUUAAUGAUUACUCUCAGAUGAAGCAAACAGAAAAGAAGGUCAAGCACUUUAUAAUUGAUAAUGGGUUAGAAUUUUUCAAUCUUGAGUUCGAUGCAUUUUGCACUAAUGAAGAUAUAGUGAGACACCGCACUUAUACAAGGACACCACAACAGAAUGGUAUUGCAGAAUGCUUGAACAGAACACUUUGUGAUAAAGCACGAAGCAUGCUCUCACAUUCAAGUUUGGGAAAGGAUUUUUGGGCUGAAGCAAUUAAUAUAUUAAGAGUGUCUGGUUAUCCUACUUAUGCUCAUAUAAGGGAUGGUAAACUUGAGCUGAGGAGGGAGAAGUCAAUCGCAGAAUUAGAUCACAGUGUCAAAGAACAGGUGAAGCUUGAGAUUGAUACUUCAACAGUUCAGUCCAAUGAUUCAAAAGAUGAGGUGCAAAACCCUGGUCAACAAGAGCAUGCACCUGAGCAACAACAACAGAAAUCAUAUAGCAUUAUAACUAGUAGAGAGAGAAGACAAAUUAAAACAUCGCAGAUAUAUGCAUAUGCAAAUCUAGUUACAUUUGCAUUAUCAGUUACUGAGAUAGUUGAUGUGCAUGAACCUAGCAAUUAUAGAAAAGCUAUUUAUUGUUAA